GAAUGAUAGUGAAUGCGAAGGAAGGGUUCGCCCAACAACACUUAUUUGACACUCCCUAAAUUCUCUCUUGAUCUUUUAAAAGCAGACGGUGCUGGCGUUUUGGAGAUAAAAAAGACCAGCCACACCGCCCUUGGGAGAUGUCACUCUGAGUAUGGAAGAGUCGUCACAAGGGUAAGCUUGGCGUGGGUUGCCUACGUGACGGUGGUGUGGAGGAGGGAGCUUGCAACAGGGUGAGUCUUCAGUGAAAGAGAGAUACGACCUCGGAGGAUCCAGCAUUUGACCUCUGCUAACGUCACUAACUCACACUUAUCAAGAAGAUCGAGAGCAUCGGGAGGAUGACGGCCCUGACGCAGGAGGAGGUGGUGUCCCACACGCGGACGGUGGUGCAGGGGUUGGAGGCCCUGCGGAACGAGCACAACUCCAUCCUGACGGGCAUCAACAACUCCAUCACCUCCGCCCAGCACCACCCGCCGGACUCCAAUGUCUUUUCGGAGAAGGCCGGCAUCAUACAGAAGUCCCUCGACCAGAUCGAGCUCGGGCUCUCCGAAGCUCAGAUUAUGCUGGCACUGGCCUCCCACCUGCAGACGGUUGAGGCUGAGAAACAGAAGCUGCGUGCACAGGUUCGGCGACUUUGCCAGGAGAACGCGUGGUUGAGGGACGAGCUGGCCUCCACCCAGCAGAAGCUGCAGGCCUCUGAGCAGCAUGUAGCACAGCUGGAAGAAGACAAAAAGCACCUCGAGUUUAUGUCCACCAUCAAGAAGUACGAUGCAGACGUACAGGACUCAGAAUCAUCAAUGGAAGAAAAGAAAGACAAAAGUGAUGAUCCCGUUGUAGACCUAUUUCCAGACGACGAUGCCGAUGACAGGGCUGGUUUAAAGAGAAGCGGGGAUUUUGGUUCUCAGGCGUCUUUAGCUGCCAUGUCCCCAACUCCACCGUCCCAGUUCGCACAGCAGGUGAAUGCUGGUUAUGAAAUACCAGCUCGUCUUCGUACUUUGCACAAUCUAGUAAUCCAAUAUGCCUCACAGGGACGCUACGAGGUGGCAGUUCCUCUGUGCAAACAAGCACUGGAGGACCUUGAGAAGACCUCUGGACAUGACCAUCCUGAUGUGGCAACUAUGCUCAAUAUCCUGGCUCUUGUCUACAGGGACCAGAAUAAAUACAAAGAGGCAGCGAACCUCCUAAAUGAUGCGCUCGCCAUCCGAGAGAAGACCUUGGGAGAGAACCACCCUGCAGUCGCAGCCACCCUAAAUAACCUAGCUGUGUUAUAUGGGAAGCGAGGCAAAUACAAGGAGGCCGAGCCUCUGUGCAAGAGAGCCCUGGAAAUCCGCGAAAAGGUGUUAGGCCGCGACCACCCUGAUGUGGCCAAGCAACUCAACAACUUAGCCUUACUUUGUCAGAACCAGAUCUCUCAGGAGGAGCGUAGAGGGGUGCCUAAGGAGGAGCUUCUCGGCAAGUACGAAGAAGUAGAGCGGUAUUACCAGCGAGCAUUAGAAAUUUACGAAUCGAAGUUAGGUCCUGACGACCCCAAUGUAGCCAAGACGAAGAACAACCUGGCCUCAGCAUACCUCAAACAAGGGAAGUACAAGGAGGCUGAGAUCUUGUACAAGCAGGUUCUCACGAGGGCUCAUGAGAGGGAGUUUGGUGCCAUUGACGGCGACAACAAACCCAUCUGGCAGGUGGCUGAGGAGCGUGAGGAGAACAAGAACAAGGUGAAGGACUCUGCUCCCUAUGGCGAGUAUGGCGGCUGGCACAAGGCGGCCAAGGUUGACUCGCCAACUGUGACCACGACCCUGAAGAACCUGGGUGCCCUUUACCGGCGCCAGGGCAAGUACGAGGCGGCUGAGACCCUGGAGGAUUGCGCCAUCCGGUCACGUAAGGAGGCCGUCAAUCUGGUCAAGGACGGGAUGACGCCCGAGGGAAGCCGACGACUCUCAGCCUCAAGGGACAGACUCCGCAGGGGGUCACGAGAGUCCCUCAACUCAGCUGAGUUCGAUGCCAACGACGAUUAUGAGUAUGGGCGUCUGCGGAGGUCCAGCUCUUUCUCCAAGUUACGGGCAUCCAUAAGAAGAUCCAGUGCCAAGUUGGUGCACAAGCUCCGCGGCCGAACGGAAUUGGAGGUCGAUGACACGGCUGCAAGACUGAAACGGGCAAGUUCACUGUCCGUUCUUAGUGGAGAGGAGCCCCAGAAACAGUCCUUACAGGUUCCCCUAGCUGUGCGUGGUCGAGCAGUGAGCUCAGAACACCUUUCCCGACCAGCUGCUUCUGCCUCGCCUGGCCUGCGCUAGAGACUACUUUCAUGCUCGCUGUUCCUUCUGCGUUAAUGUUACCUAUCAUAAGCAAUGGGGAAGAUCUAAUCAUGGUAGAUUACAAGAGCCUCCUGUCCUUGCUUUUCCACAUAAGGACAGAGAAUUGUUCUUUAUGUUCUGUACGUAAGCAACCUAACAGAGCAGUCUUUAGAUAUGUGUUUUUAUAGAUUGUUCCUAUGAAAAUUCUAUCUAUGUCUGUUGUGUGUGUGCAGGACUUUAGUAACCAUAACCCAUUGUUAGUGACAGUUAACGGUGGGGCAUUUAAAACUUUGAGAAAGUUACUUUGCAUGACAUAGUACAUCAAGAGCAGUUGUGUAUAAAAUAAGGACAGGUAUUAAAACAUCUAUCACAUUGCAUCAUUGAUUUUAUGCAAUUGAAAUUGGAAAUUGGAGAGGCAGAAUAAUAGAAUAAAAAAUGAAAUAAUAAAGCCCAAAUUAGCAGAUGGCAGCCUGGUCUUCCAGUUUGAAAAAUGGGUAGGAAACCAAGGACAGAAAACCAAGGGGUACUGAUAUGCAUUGGGACAGGUAACGGAAUUUUAGAUUUUUACAGGAUGAAAAUGUAUAAAAUAAAGAGGAGAAAUUUAUGGAUUUCAACACUGGAAAGUCAAAAAAGAAAAAAAAAAUACGUAGAUUAGAAAUGGGUGUCUUGUUUUGUAGUACCAUCACUGACACAUUCAUUGCAUUGUGUUUGGAUGCCUAAGCUGCAUUUGAAUCCCUGAAACUGGUAGAGUGUAGUUACCAGAGAAUAACAAUUACAUAAUGUGCUAUAGUCUGCAUAUAGUUUCCAAAGCCUCAUAAUAGCAUGUUCCAAAGUACUCAUCUCUUAGCCUGGACAGAACUUUUGUCCAUGCAGCUCUUCUGAUUUUCUGCACAUGUAUAGUCACAAAAUGGCCAAGAAUUUCCUUUUUGUAAUUUAAAUGAAUCCAUUAUUGCAAUCUUGAGUGAGAGGUGUGCAUGUGAAAAAAGAAAAUAAAAAAAAGUUUAUAUUUAAUAAAUAUUUAAUAAUUCAGUGUCUCUGUACUGGCAGAACAUAAAAUUUACAUUUGAUGUCAUGAUAGAGUGCUUUAUUGAACAAGGCAUUGACAUACCAUUCCAGGAGGAUCUUGAUAGCUAUCUAGUCUUUUAUUUAUGAGAUUUGUGUCAUUUCACUUUUUAGUUUCUUACAUUGUGGAUUUUGGUAUGUUGUUGUAAAUGGCUAUAUUGUACAUUUCCAGUUUUGUAUUACUUAAUUUGGUUAAGAUGAUUUUGUGUUAUAUUUAUUUCUGUAAUAGUUUUGUGUCUAGGUCAAAAUUAUACAAAGAAUAUAUUGUUUUAAAUUCAUUCAUGAUUCUCAUGAGCAAAACUAUUUUUCAGUGUAGUUUUAAGGACCAUAUGCAUUAUAUCCACCAAGAAGAAAAUGAUGCACAUCCUGUUGUGGAUGAAGCUAUAGUUACCCUUGAACCAGUGUCCCAUACAGGGUUAAAUAUAUACACAAUAUGAGGAAAAUAUCCCUGAAAACAGUUAUUAUCCCACUAGUGACUAAAAAGAAUUACGAGAUUUGGGCCACAAGUUCCCGUCUCUUAGUUCAGAAGGAAGAUAGUUGUACUGUGAUUCUUGCACUUCCAGUACUAUAUAAAUACAGUUGCUGGCAGUAUAGGAAUGUUAGUCAACUGGUAUAUCUUGCACAGGGGUUGUAAAGAUUUCAUCAUUUCAGCUGUCUGAACGUUCACAACCUAACUUUUUUGUUAGCUUCAUGUCUGCUUUUGUCUGUGCAUUCCCACGGUGACACAGCAACCGAUGUAGGAAAAGUUAUCAAUAAACAACUUGAUGGCUUAUG